GAGAGAGAGAGACUCGUGAAUCUCCAGGGAAAUGGGCACGUUUGGAAUAAGCGCAAGCGCACUCUAAUAUCCCAGUGGCUGUGGAAGAAGUGUUUCCAGAGAGAGCGAGAGAGGGGAGGGAGAGAGAGAGGGAAUAUGAGGGCAGUACUCAGGAUGAGCCUGCGCUUUGAGGCUGUAAAACACUAGACCCUGAGGGCAUUCUCUGAGAUCUGCGUCUUCAGGAAAACUGACUGUGGAAAAGAAAUUGAGCUGGUAUCAGCCGCAGUUGUUGAGGUUCACGUCGAUGCAUUGGGCGUCCAGCUGAGAUGCGCGACGCUGACGGUCCUGCCCCGUCUGUCGAACCGGACCAAUGAUGAUAAUGAAGAUGAUGAUGUCCACACGGCGCGUGUAGCGCUAAAUCACCACUACCGGACUCUUAGGAGACACUCCACUCUGAUCCGCGCGCAUUCAAACUUCAGAUGGACUACCUUCACUCUGCACUGACCAGCAAAAUGAAUUGGAUCACACUCCUGCUGGCCGGCUUGACUUUUUGGGGCAAAGUGUCCGUGCACAGCUGCUUCGAUUAUGAUGACAGUUAUGAUUAUUAUGAAGAGGAGAAAACAGAAACGAUAGACUACAAGGAUCCCUGCAAAGCUGCUGUAUUUUGGGGAGAUAUUGCCUUGGAUGAAGAGGACUUGAAAAUGUUUCAGAUCAAUGGAACAAUAGAGCUUUCACAGCAGUCCCAUGGGAGACAAGGACACAUGUCGGGUGGUCUAGGAGAGCAUAAUCCCAGUAAGAAGAGAGGUUCUUUAUAUCUGUUGCUUGACAGAAUACGACGGUUAGGUUUUGAGUCGUGGCCAGUCAACAGCCGUAAAGAUGGGUCAAGCUCCAAGGCUGGUGGGAGGAGUGUAAAUAGCGACAGAGGUGUGAAGUCUCGAGUGCCUCGUGCUGCCACAUCCCGAGCUGAGAAGAUCUGGCCCGGAGGAGUCAUCCCUUACGUCAUAGGAGGCAACUUCACUGGAAGUCAGAGGGCCAUGUUAAAACAAGCAAUGAGACACUGGGAGAAACAGACGUGUGUGACCUUCAUUGAGAAAACUGAUGAGGAGAGCUACAUCGUCUUCACCUACAGACCCUGCGGGUGUUGCUCUUACGUCGGUCGUCGUGGCAACGGUCCCCAGGCAAUAUCCAUUGGAAAGAACUGUGACAAGUUUGGCAUUGUUGUUCACGAACUUGGACACGUAAUUGGCUUUUGGCACGAGCACACACGACCUGACCGUGAUGAUCAUGUGACCAUCAUUCGAGACAACAUCCAACCAGGUCAGGAGUAUAACUUCAUUAAGAUGGAACCAGGGGAUGUCAACUCUCUUGGUGAGCCGUAUGAUUUUGACAGCAUCAUGCAUUAUGCCAGAAACACUUUCUCCAGAGGAAUGUUUUUGGACACGAUUCUUCCCUCUCGUGAUGAGAAGGAACAUUUGGCAAAUGUUACAUGUGGCGAAACACUACAGGACUCAGUUGGUAAUUUCUCGUCUCUGGGAUAUCCUAAUGGAUACCCAUCAUAUACACACUGUGUAUGGAGGAUCUCCGUCACACCUGGGGAGAAGAUAGUGUUAAACUUCACCACUAUGGACCUCUACAAGAGCAGCCUGUGCUGGUAUGACUACAUUGAGGUUCGUGACGGAUACUGGAGGAAAGCGCCAUUGCUGGGUCGUUUCUGUGGUGAUAAAAUUCCAGAAGUGUUGGUCUCUACAGACAGCCGGAUGUGGAUUGAGUUCCGCAGUAGCAGCAAUUGGGUUGGAAAGGGAUUCGCAGCAGUCUAUGAAGCAAUAUGUGGAGGGGAGAUCAGUAAGGACUCUGGACAGAUUCAGUCUCCAAACUAUCCAGAUGACUACCGUCCAUCUAAGGAAUGUGUGUGGAGGAUCACAGUGUCCGAGGGCUACAGUGUGGGCUUGAGCUUUCAGGUCUUUGAGAUCGAAAGGCAUGACAGCUGUGCAUAUGACUAUCUAGAAGUUAGAGAUGGAUUGUCUGAGAACAGCCCUCUGAUCGGCCGAUUCUGUGGCUAUGAUAAACCUGAAGAUAUCCGUUCCACCUCCAACACUCUCUGGAUGAAAUUCAUCUCUGAUGGGACGGUUAAUAAAGCAGGCUUUGCUGCAAACUUCUUCAAAGAGGAAGACGAGUGUCUGAAACCAGAUAAUGGGGGCUGUGAACAGAGAUGUGUUAACACAUUAGGAAGCUUCAAAUGUGCCUGUGAUCCUGGAUACGAACUGGCCCCUGACAAGAAGAGCUGUGAAGCUGCUUGUGGUGGCUUGCUGACCAAGUUGAAUGGCACAGUUACUACCCCAGGUUGGCCUAAGGAAUACCCUCCCAAUAAGAACUGUGUGUGGCAAGUGGUGGCUCCCACUCAGUACCGCAUAUCCAUGCAGUUUGAAACCUUUGAACUAGAGGGAAAUGAGGUUUGCAAGUAUGACUAUGUUGAGGUGCGGAGCGGCUUGUCAUCUGACUCGAAGCUUCAUGGGAAAUACUGCGGUACGGAAGUCCCUGAGGUCAUCACCUCCCAGUACAACAACAUGCGAAUUGAGUUCAAAUCCGACAACACAGUCUCCAAGAAAGGCUUCAAAGCUCAUUUCUUCUCCGAUAAAGAUGAGUGUUCAAAGGAUAACGGUGGAUGCCAGCAUGAGUGUAUCAACACUGUUGGCAGCUAUGUGUGCCAGUGCCGCAACGGCUUUAUUCUGCAUGAGAACAAACACGACUGCAAGGAAGCCGAGUGUGAGCACAAGAUCCACAGCACAAGUGGAACCAUCAGCAGUCCGAACUGGCCUGACAAAUACCCCAGCAGGAAGGAGUGCACGUGGGACAUCAGCGCCACCCCGGGCCACCGGGUCAAGAUUUCUUUUAAUGAGUUUGAGAUUGAGCAGCACCAGGAAUGCGCAUAUGAUCACCUGGAGGCCUUUGACGGUGACUCGGACAAGACGCCCAUCCUGAGCCGCCUGUGUGGCAGUAAGCUUCCAGAACCGCUCAUUUCCACGGGCAACAGGAUGUACCUGCGCUUCAUCUCCGAUGCCUCAGUGCAGCGGAAAGGCUUUCAGGCCACUCAUUCCACUGAAUGUGGCGGUAGGCUGAAAGCAGAAGCACGGCAGAAGGACCUGUAUUCUCAUGCUCAGUUUGGGGAUAAUAACUAUCCAAGCCACGCCGACUGCGAGUGGCUCAUAACGGCAGAGUCGGGUUACAGCAUUGAGCUCACCUUCACCACCUUUGAGGUAGAGGAGGAGGCCGACUGCGGGUACGACUACAUCGAACUUUACGAUGGCUACGACACCGGAGCGCACAAACUCGGACGCUUUUGUGGAUCUGGGCCUCGUGAGGAGCUUUACUCUGCUGGUGAUGCCGUGUUGAUCCAUUUCUACUCUGAUGACACAAUCAGUAAGAAAGGCUUCCAUAUCCACUACACUAGCACGAAGUUUCAGGAGGCGCUACACACACGCAAGUAACAUCUCCCUGAGAGAGACUCCAGAGAGACUGAGCACAGGGAUGAAUCCUGCCGUGGUGUGUUUCCUGCAUUGGAUUUGCCUCUCUAUGUUCAGCCACUAAGGAAGUGCUGUCAUUUUGAACCUAAACACCUAUCAGCUGCUCUUAUGUGUGGGAUAGCUCCGCCCACUGGAGUGGUGUCCUGCGCUCUCUGACUGGACCGGUGAAGUAAAUCAACCCCUGGAAAAAACACACUCAGACAUAACAACUUUUUGUUGGCUCUCUGUUAUUCAGAUAAGCCAGUUAUAUAUUGAGUUGCACACUGAAAUUAAGAGACAA